UCACACGAUUUCGUUGCGAAGUCGUAAGGGAAGUUGUUGUUUGCCAUAAUUUGCUCCUUAAAUUGUCCGGCGAAACCAGAAUAUCUGGUUCCGGACAAAGUAAUGGUAAUGACCGUCUCAGUGGAGCUAAAACUAUUCUUAUGUAGAUACAUAUUGUGAAGAUUAAGGAAUGGAGGUGGUGGAAAGUCCUCUUAACCUCGCGCAUCAACAAUGCAGGAAAGCAGAUCGCCUUCUGGCAACUGGGAAAUAUGAGGACGCCAUAGUGUGUCACAGGAAAGCUGCGGAUCUCCUGAAGGAUGCCAUGAAGCUCACAGAUUGUGAACAGGCUCGCCUGUCUCUGGAGCUGCAGCGGGACAGUCACAUAAAGCAGCAGCGCCUCAUCGAGGAGAAGUGGAAGCGCUCGCGACGAGAGGCCAAGCCACGGGUACUCCAGCCCGCUGCGUCCAGUGACGGUCAGCGGCUGAAGCAGCAGCAGCAGGGUACCCACCUGAGCGCCUCUCAGACUCCGCUGCCGCCACUCUCGCCCGCACUGGACCCCACGCAGGUGCCCGAGCACGAGUAUGACACCUGGCUGUACCUGCUGAAGAACAAGGGGGCGCCGCGGCCCGCGCCCGAGACCUGCCCAGCCACUGGGGGCAGCAAGGCGCUGAAGGACGACAAGAUGCGCCUGGAGGAGCAGGAGACCACCAUCGGGAAGCUGCGGGAGCUCGUGGACACGCUCAUGAGCGAGAACGAGCGUCUGAAGCGCGACAACGGCGAGCUGCGCACCGACAACGAGCGGCUGCGGCGCCGCGAGCGCGAGCGGGAGCUGGAGCGAGACGACAGCCAGUCGGAGGCGGACGCGGACUUCGUGGAGCGCUCGGAGCUGCUGUGGGUGCUGCCGCAGCGGCACGCGGCGUCGGCGUCGCUGGCGGGUGGCGGCGGCGAGGAGCGCAAGGCCAAGGACAUCGACAUCCCGCAGCUGCCGCCGCUGGAGAUGCCCACGCAGGAGAUCCCGCUGGACCAGCUGCCCGCCCUGGAGCUGUCCGACGACGUCCAGCACCAGCUGCAGGAGAUCCUCGACGGGGAGAAACUCUGAGGAGAGGGAGGAGGAAAGGAGGAGAGGAAAG